AAUAAAAUAAAAAAGAUAAUAAAACAUUAAAAUCAAACACCUCCCUCCUUCCUCCCUCUUCUCCUCUGUGCGACUGCACCCAUCACCAAAUCUUCACCUAUAUAUCUAUCUCCAUUCAUCACUGCAAUCUUCAAAAAUCAACGAUGAUCGGACCACAGAGGCCACAAAUUGUGUUGUUCGGUUCAUCAAUUGUUCAACUCAGUUUCAGCAACGACGGUUGGGGCGCCAUUCUCGCUGACGUCUACGCUCGUAAGGCGGAUAUAGUGCUACGAGGGUACUAUGGAUGGAAUUCCCGACGUGCUGUCAAGGUCCUUGAUCAAGUAUUUCCAAAGGAUGCUGCUAGUCAACCUUCACUGAUCAUCGUUUACUUUGGCGGUAACGAUUCAAUGGGACCUCACUCAUCUGGUCUAGGACCCCAUGUCCCGCUUCCUGAAUAUAUUGAAAACAUGAGAAAAAUUGCGACUCAUCUCCAGGGGCUUUCAGACACAACGCGUUUAAUUUUCCUCACUUGCCCACCAGUGGAUGAGGUCAAACUUAAUGAAAACACCAGCUCAAUCUUUAGUGAACUUGUUAGAACAAAUGAGCUAUGCCGGGCUUAUUCAGAUGCAUGUGUAGAGCUGUGCAAUGAGAUGGGAAUAAAAGUUAUCGAUCUUUGGACUGCGUUUCAGAAACGAGAUAAUUGGUUGACUUUCUUUACGGAUGGGGUGCAUUUAUCAGGUGAGGGUAGCAAGGUAGUUGUUGAGGAGAUACUAAAGGUGCUUAAAGAAGCAGAAUGGAAACCGAGUCUACACUGGAAAUCUAUGCCCACCGAGUUUUCAGAAGACUCGCCCUAUGAUUUAGUCUAUAGCGAUGGCAAAACUACGCUAAACCCGUCUGACUGGACUUUCCACAGAGAAAUACAGUGGGAGUAAUAAGAUAGUUUCAUUCGUAACUGCAGAACACGAGCAUUUGUAAGUAAUGCAAUACUUUCUAUUGCAACAACUGAGAUUUGUACCAGUGAUCUUUAAUCAGGUUCUUUGACCUUUGUACUUCUUUUUUAUGCUCAUACAACGAGCUUCUAAUGCAACAUCUAAAUGUAGCAUUGCCCAUAAGACUCCUUGUUUACUGAAUGCCGCAUUCUACUGCAAAAGCUUGUACCAUAUGUUUAUGAGGUUUAUUA